ACCCCUGCACGGCUGGUCUACCCGGGCCCAGCGUCACAGAGGAUAGGGUCGCUGCUGAUUGGCAGGGGCCCCCACCUCUCAUUCCUGGGGGUUGUUAGAGUAAUGGGGGAGGGGACAGAACCCCCCAGUCAGUUCUCUGAACAGAGAGUUCAGUGUCAGUGAGUGAGCUGCUGCGCACAGGGAGAGAGAGCUCCUCACACCGGGUGUCAAGGAGAGUGCUCGGGGCUGCAGAGAGAGUGCCAGGAGGCGAGACACUCCGCUCUGCAGGAGAGUGCUGGGGAGAACAGGGGCAGGCUGGCACUGCUGCAGAGAUACUGCUGGCAUAGACCUAGUCCCGGGACAGCCUGGCAUAGAGGUGCAAUAGUAGAGCAGAGUGGGAUAACGACAGGGGUAAUGUAGGGACAGGCUGACAUAGAGAGGUAAUGCAGGGACAGGCUGGCAUAGGGAAGCAAUGCAGGGACAGGCUGGCAUAGAGAAGCAAUGCAUGGGCAGACUGGCACAGAGAGAUGCUGCAAGGCAUUUUGCACGGUAGGAGCUAUAGACAUGAUGCAGGACUGAGGACAGAAUACUCCAUCCUCACAUAUCUAGUACUCUAUACUAAUACAACACACAGGACAAAGGGGUUACUUGCAAGCAAGACAUUUACACCUAUCCCAUGACAAUGGCAACGCUGCUCUCUGCCCUGUGGGAAAUGUCAGACCUUUAAACAAGCGGAGAAAGUUCCUAGUGACUGUCAGCCCUUCUGCAGAGUGAUACGAAACAGGACAGGGUAUCCCAUAGUCUCUCUGGGAGCUGUAGUGUCACCCCGGGCACAGACUUUUUUUGUUACUUCUGGGGAUGGGGUCACUGGCCCAGAUUUUGGUUCUGUGGUAUGUGUUUUGUGGUGCCCACUGUUUGGUACCUUUGUCAGAUUUCUACCCAUUUGGCCCUGAAGAGGGAGACUUGGUAACCCGCAGGCAGGAUGAUGGAGGAUCAGGACUUCUGCCCAUCUCCAGAGCGUUCACUUUCUUUGGAGACAAGCACAGUGGCCUUUAUGUGAAUAACAAUGGGGUUGUGUCUUUCCUUCGAGAGGUGUCCCAGUUUACUCCUGUGGCAUUUCCGAUUUCUGGUGACCGUAGAGUCGUGGCUGCAUUUUGGGCUGACGUGGAUAAUCGCAGAGGAGGGAAUGUAUUCUACCGGGAGACUGAAGACCCAAGAGUGUUGUUACGCGCCAGCCAGGAUGUGCACUCUUACUUCCCUGAACUGCCUGACUUCAGUGCCACCUGGGUCUUCAUUUCCACUUGGUAUAAAGUCACUUUCUAUGGCGGCGAUACCACUUCACCUGUAAACACCUUCCAAAUCGUACUGAUCACAGAUGGACUCCGUUCCUUCACCAUCUUUAACUAUGAGACGAUAGAAUGGACCACGGGUCGACAUGCCAGCAGUGGUGGUGACACGUAUGGUAGAGGGGGCAUUGCAGCGCAGGCUGGCUUUAAUGCAGGAGAUGGUUGGAGGUACUUUAAUAUACCAGGCUCUCGUACAGAUGACAUUGCAGGAAUUGCAAACACCACUAACGUAGGAAUUCCCGGACGCUGGGUUUUCCGAAUUGACAACAACCAUGUGCAAGUUGGGGGAUGCAGUAAUGCAACCUCUGUGUGCUGGACCCUGCGCCCCUGCCGCAAUGGUGGCCGCUGUAUUGACGACUGUGUCACCGGGAAUCCUUCCUACACGUGUUCUUGUCUUAGUGGCUUCACUGGAAAGCAUUGUCACAUUGACAUGGGAAGGUGUUACUCUCAGCCCUGUCAGAACGGUGGUUCUUGUGUGGACAAACCCGGCUCCUUCUCUUGUUUGUGUGUGCCAGAGUUUACCGGGACAUUGUGUGAGACAGAGGUAUCGCCCUGCACUGAUAAGACCUGCUGGAAUGGAGGGGUUUGCCAUGUUAAUAAUGGGAUUGCCGUGUGCCAGUGUCAUCCCAGAUACACGGGGCAAAGCUGUGAGACAGAGAUCAGACCGUGCUCUUCUUCUCCUUGUAUGAAUGGAGGAAUGUGUGAGGAUCUCGGGAGUACGUACCGCUGUCUGUGCACGUUACCAUUCACUGGAGCUCAUUGUGAAACAGAAAUAAGACCUUGUUCCUCAGAUCCUUGCUUGAAUGGGGGAAGUUGUGUGGAAAUGGGUAUUAAUUACAUGUGCUCCUGUACAUCACGGUUUACUGGACCAAAGUGUGAGAACAAGAUCAGACCCUGUUUCUCGGCUCCCUGUAUGAAUGGGGCAACCUGUGAAGAUCUGGGUGACGCCUACAGUUGUCUAUGUUCUCGGGGAUUUACUGGGUUGAACUGUGAGUCAGAGCUCCGGCCCUGCUCUUCAUCUCCCUGCCUGAACGGAGGGCUCUGCGAGAAUGUGGGUUCUACGUACAGCUGCUUGUGCCUGCGCAGAUUCACUGGCAGGCGAUGUGAGACAGAGAUCACACCCUGCUCCUCAUCGCCGUGUCUGAACGGAGGGAUAUGUGAGGAUGUGGGUGAUACAUACAGCUGUACCUGCAGGCAGAGAUUUACUGGGAGACACUGCGAGACAGAGAUUAGACCCUGUUCCUCCAUGCCCUGCAUGAAUGAUGCCACCUGUAAGGACCUGGCUGGCACAUACAGAUGCCUGUGUGGCCACAGAUUUACUGGAAGGCACUGUGAGACAGAGGUCAGACCCUGUUUGUCGUCGCCUUGUCUUAAUGGGGGAAUUUGUAAAGACCUGGUUGAUGGCUACAGAUGCAUGUGUCCACGGGGUUUCACUGGGGAGCGCUGUGAGAGAGUGAUCCUACCUUGUUCCUCAUCUCCUUGCCUGAAUGGAGGAACAUGUAAAGAGCUUGGUGAUAAAUACAGCUGUGUGUGUACAGGACGAUUCACCGGAGAGCGCUGUGAGACAGAGAUCAGACCCUGCUCAUCAUCUCCAUGCCUGAAUGGCGGAAUGUGCAAAGAUCUGGGCUAUAGUUACAGCUGUGUGUGUACACGUGGAUACACCGGGGAGCGAUGUGAGACAGAAAUCCGACCUUGUUCUUCAUCACCUUGCCUGAACGGAGCAGUGUGCAAGGACCUGGGUGUUACCUAUAUCUGUAUGUGUGCAAGGGGAUUCACUGGGAUACACUGUGAGACAGAAGUUAAACCAUGCUCCUCAUCUCCUUGCCUGAAUGGGGGGAUGUGUAAGGAUCUAAGUGAUGAUUACCGCUGUGUGUGUACCUGGGGGUUUACUGGGGAGCGCUGUGAGACAGAGUUCAGACCUUGCUUGUCAUCUCCUUGUAUCAAUGGAGGUACCUGUGAGGAUAUGGGUGAUGGUUACAGCUGUGUAUGCACUGCUGAAUUCACUGGAGUACAUUGUGAGACAGACAUCAGACCCUGCUCCUCUUUUCCCUGCCUAAAUGGGGGUAUUUGUGAGGAUCGGGGUGCAAAUUACAGCUGUUCAUGUCCACAGGGAUUUACUGGAGAGCAAUGUGAAACAGAGAUUUUGGAAUUACUCAGAGCUUGUUCUUCUUCUCCAUGUCAAAACAAUGGUGUGUGUCGGGAGGCAGAAGGAGCAUUCUUAUGUGACUGUCCUGUUGGGUAUACUGGCUUUACCUGCGAGAACUAUGUAUCCGAUGGCUGUGCCUGCAGGAAUGGGGGGCGAUGCGCCGAUGGGAACAGCACCUGUCAUUGCCCACUAGGGUUCUUUGGGCUUCUGUGUGAAUAUGAGGUUACUUCCCUCCCCUGCAGCAUGGGCUCCCAGUGUCCAGAUGGAGGAUCGUGCAUGGAGUACGGAGGCAGUUACCUGUGCGUGUGUCACACAGAUUAUAUCAUCACUAACCACUCAAUGCCUUCUCCUUGUGACUCCGACCCUUGUUUGAAUGGUGGGAGAUGCGAGUCUCAGGAAGACACUUACUCCUGUGUGUGUCCCCAUGGAUUCAUUGGAAAGAUGUGUGAAAAAGUAAAGCCGGCGCGGUGCAGUUUGCUCCCUUGUCGGAAUGGAGGAACGUGUAAGGAAACCCAUGAGGACUAUCACUGUGUGUGCCCCUAUCCAUUCAUUGGAAAACACUGUGAGACAGGGAUGAGAGACCCCUGCUCGUCGGGCCCAUGUCACAAUGGCGGCACAUGUUUUCAUUUCAAGGGCAAGUACAAGUGCUAUUGCCCGCCUCACUACUCUGGCCGUCACUGUGAGAAUGCAGAGUUGGACUGCGGGCCACCAGAAGAAGUGAAAUAUGCCCAUAUUAUUGUCACAUCGACAUGGCCAGGUGACAAAGCGGAAUACCAAUGUAAUGAGGGGUAUAGAAUGAACACCCCAAACAAUACUAGCAUAUGCAGUGACGAUGGCAUGUGGGGUGAGCCCCCACAGUGUGAGGAAAUUGAUGAGUGUGAAUCACAACCAUGCCAAAAUGGCGCAGUGUGCAAGGAUCGUGUGUCUCACUUCCUAUGUGACUGCCAGGAAGGAUACAGCGGUAAACAUUGUGAACUAGAGAUUAAUGAGUGCUUCUCUGAACCAUGUAAAAAUGGAGGAACCUGCCAGAAUUUCCCCGGGGGUUUCCUGUGUACCUGUCCUGAGGGCUUUGUUGGUGCCCACUGUGAGACUGAGCUGGAUGGCUGUGACUCUUCCCCGUGCCAGAAUGGGGGCAUCUGCGAGAACCUGGCAGGCUCUUACCUGUGUGUAUGUCCUAGAGGGUUCUAUGGCUAUCACUGUCAGACAGUGAGUGAUUUAUGCCUCUUGAACCCAUGUGGCAGCCACGGUGUCUGUGUAUCCAGUGCAGAAGGAGCAGUUAGCUGUACGUGUCGGACUGGUUACACUGGUAUCACUUGUGAAAGAGAUCUGCUGCCCCCUCUGUCUUUGUCUCUCGGUGCUGUGGGAGAGAGCAGUGUAUGGGUGUUUUGGACACCCCCAGAGGAUAUGUCUGGACAAGUGUCAGAUGGUUUUGCCGUGAGCUACACAGCCCCUGAUGGCUCCUCACGUACAGAUUUUGUGGAGAAGGGUAACACAGAACAUGAGCUGCGAGGUCUCAGCCCAGGGCGCCCCUACAACAUCACUAUCGUCACUGUGAAACGUAACCUGCGCCACAAUGAUAUCAGUCGCCCACUUACCAUCUCUGCCCGCACAAGACCACCUGUUGUGGACAGACCACGGAUCAGUGCUGCCACAGACUCCGCUAUCACUGUUGCUUGGUCACUGAACCCCCACAAACAUACAUCUGUGGCCCAUGUCCGGCUGUCCCUGCAGCACCUGAAUGACAGAACACAGCAAGCAGAGCAGGAGCCACUAGCAGGAGAAUACACUUUCAGAGACUUGCAGCCUGGAGAGAAAUACACCAUUCUAAUCAGCACUUUAAGCAUUUCUGACCCUGGCAACCCGCCUUCAGAGAGUCUGCCCAGUGCACCCCUGGUAGCUUGGACACGCCCACUUCCCCCCAGUAACCUCUCGGCCGUGCUUGUCACAACCAGCACUGUGCACCUGAACUGGGACACUCCCCGAGCUGGCUCAGUUGACGGCUACAUAUUCAAUGUGACGCACAAUCACAGCACUAAGAGCCGCUAUGUACCUGUAGGACAGAUGACAUCGUACACUGUGCGAGAUCUCCAACCCAGCCAGAGAUACCGGAUUACAGUGACUGCUCUGCGCAAUACUCCACAAGGCCCUGUGAAUAGUGAUUCCAAGACCCUGCGAAUACAGACCUUGCAGAGGGAGGGACCUCAGGAGCGCCGCUGGCCCCCUCCCAGGAUUUUAAGGAAUAGACCUCCUCCACAAACUCCUCCAGAAGUUCGGAUGCUAACUGAAAGGGGCCCUCCCCCUGCUGAGACUCCACAAGCCCACAAAUUCACAGAGCUAACAGACGGACGAAGGCGUAUUACUGCCAGGUUCAGUUUCCAUAAAAAUAAAUCCAUCAACAUUACAAAAGAACCUGAGGCUCCAAUCAGAAUUGAGAAUACAGAAGAGUCGCCCAUCCCUAUGAGACAAGCACUGAACCUGCAAGACCCUGACCAGAGCAAUAGAGAUGGUGAACGAGGAGGCUGCCUGGAAACACUGUGUAUUAAUGGGGGAACCUGUGUGAAUGGAGAGGUUUGUGACUGCCCAGCAGGAUUCAAGGGACACCAGUGCCAGCUGGCCUGCAGAAAGGAGACAUUUGCCUGCACCAGACUGUUCUCUGAAACACUGUCACAUCCUGUGUGGGAGGGAGGAGUCUGUCACCACCUGUACAGACGGGUAUACAAGGUACAGCACGACGUGUGCUACAGAGAGAUCUGUGAAGGCACAAUCAGAGGCAAACCAAAGAUAAGAGUCCCAAGUAAGCUUUGAAGAUCAGGAACAACAGAGAAAUACUAUCUGUUGCUUGGGGAAGGAUUUGUAUGUCAAGCAGCCCCCCUGUGAGACACAGAGUUUGACUGCCCUCUCCCCCAGACUUCACGGGACCUUGCAACUUCUCUCAGUGUGCAAAGGCACAGCUGGCAUUGGCCAUGGGAUAGCCAGCCCUCAGAGACUUUAGGAGAUGCUCUCCCCCUGGUCUCCUCUGCUGUGGUCCUGUAGGGUGGCAAUUCUUCCCUCCUCAGCCAAAGAUCUACACGAUCAUCACUCUUCUGACUACAGGCCUGGAGGCAUUUGUUCAGUUUUAUGUGUCAAGCAGGCAGAGCAGAGGAUUGCUGGCUCUGGAACCAAUCCCGAAAGGAAUCACUUGGAGGAUCUGUUCGCUAGCAAUAGCUAGUCAAACACUCCACAAGCACACACUUAGAAAUGACUUAUGAAACCAGGACCAAGCUGACACUGCAUCUGACUCUGGAGACCCUCCAAUUGUCACAUUGACACAAGCAAAAUGGGUUUGUACGUGAGAGACAUAAACCUCCCACCGACGAUGGCCACAGACGCCUGGUUCUGUUGCUCUGUUUUGUCGAUGCAUCUUCAAGUAGAGUUUGAAAUAGUAGAACUGCUCAAUUAUUUUUGUAGCUUAGAAGCCGGUAGGAAACAUACGAGGAAAGCACUUGACAUCUCAAAGAGCUCAUCUUGCAGUUUGUUAAACUAUUAUAAUGUUUUGUAAAGACUAAAGCAUUUUUGUUUGUGGGAUCUUACCUUUAAGUAAGGAACUGCUCCAACUGCUUCUGUGUGCAUUGUCAGCAAUGGUACAUCCUUGACCACUGACUCCAAGGAAAAGACCACAUCCCACAUACAAUGUAGCAGCAGCAAGUUAGAGCGCGGUGCAGAUAAAUUUUUUUUUACUUGUACAGGACCAGCCAGCCUCCAGGUGAGGUGACAAUAGUAUCCAAAGCUGCACCCUAAAAAGAUUGGGCUCUAACAGUGUUACGUUUUGCCGUCAGACAGGCAUUUUGUGUUUUAUAAUAAAUUUUAUAAAUAAACAUUUUAUAAAACAAACAGAUUUUCUUUCAUAAUUUGGUUAGACUGUAAAUAAGUACAAACCUUUAUUGCCAUACAUAAAGAAUUAGAAAAAGUUAAAUACCAACUGUUCCUCAUACAGUACUUCAUUAUUUAUUUCAAUAAAACGGUUAUUCAUACGCAUCAAAAAUAA